AUGGAUGAUAUCAAACCGGUGAAAUACGAAUCCGAUCGAUCGAAGAGCCUGGAAGAUCAGAUUCUGCAACAUCUGCAGGUGCUGGGUAACAUCUCGGCCAACUCCAUCACGAUCGUCAUCAACGUUUUGCCGGAUGUUUAUUGUAAUCAACCUCAGUCGCCGACGGACUUUCCAAGAAGUUGUGCGGACAUAUCCGAUAAACCAAGUGGCGUUUACCAGAUCCGUCCGGAUGAUUCCUCGGAACCGAUUGAAGUAUUCUGCGAUCAGGAUCAUGACGGAGGUGGUUGGACGGUUUUCCAGAAUCGAUUCGACGGAUCGGUGGACUUUUUCCGCAGCUGGGCCGAUUACGAGCAAGGAUUCGGCGAUCUACGAGGGGAAUUUUGGCUGGGACUGAAACAUGUUUACCAAAUUGUUAAAACGAGACGCCACGAGCUGCAUGUGGUUUUCGAGGACUUCAACCAGUUUGGAGAUGUUCACAAGUAUGACGAUUUCCAGUUGGCUGGACCGGAAGAUAAAUACCGGCUGUUGCGGAUUGGCUCCUUUGAAGGGGUUUUAAGCGACGCGUUGGCGUAUCAUGUUGGAUCGAAAUUUUCAACGUUCGAUGCUGAUAAUGAUGGCUACGGUAAAAGCUGUUCCGAAACAUUCAGUGGAGCCUGGUGGUAUGAUAAUUGCUAUCAGAGCAACUUGAACGGAUUAUAUCUGGGAAAUAUAGCAGAUAGAAAUACCAGAGGGAUGGUCAGCAUCAGUAUCGGUCCUUAUAAGUCACUAAAGAUAUCGCGCAUGAUGAUUAGGCCGAAGGAGUAAAAAUUUCUACUGUGGAAAACAUAUGUAAGGUACACCGGGGCAAGUGCAAAUGGAUUUCAACAUAGUUCAACUUUCAUAUGUCUUAGACGAAUAAAGGGUGAUAUCUUCUGA